UCUUGCAUGACAUGUCAGAAGAUGGUUUUGAGCAAUGCACCCCUGUCUGGUGCUGAGCCCUGCUAGGAAGGAGUCUGGUAAGAAAUCAGUAAAACAGAGACCUAGGAGGAGGAGGAGGGCCUCUGAGAGAUAAGAGCGUGCAGACUAACAAAUAAAAGGGAGAAUAAAUGAUUUUCAACUCCGGAUCUCACGCCCCAGGUGGAGUGAGCUUCACUCAGAUUCCUCAGAUUCAUCUCCCCUAGAUGAGAGUCCUUGGAUGCAGACAAAAAGAAGAGCCCAAGUGAAAUUCCAACUGUCGCGAAGAAGGAGAAAUAAUAAUGAAUCACGUGGAAGCUUGGAUGGGUCUUCUGCUCCUAAUGGAAUUGAUCUGGUAAAUUUGGGAUCCAAAGAUAAAAAGCAACAAGAACUGACUGAAUGUGAGAGUUGCUCUUUAAACCUCUGCAGAGGAAAAGGCCUCUGGUACCAAGAGUGCAGUCUUCCCCUGCCUAGAGGACCCUAUGAGUUUGAGAGAUCCUCAAGGCACCACGAAGAAAGCAAAGGCAGAUACCACCACAGGGAUCCACAGCUCUUGCAUAGUCAUAGGCAAAAUGAGACAAUCAAGAAAAGAUGUUCAGAAACAGAUUUCAGCACUGAAAUAGUGGCAGUACCAGAAGGCGGCAAGUCUAUGAGUGAUGCAGGGUUCCAGGUGAAUAACUCUGUUCAGAAGCCUCCUGCCAGCUACCAUGACGGGUCUGAUAAUUUAAAACUAUGCAGGAUCUGUCACUGCGAAGGGGAUGAAGAGAGCCCCCUCAUCACACCCUGUCGCUGCACGGGAACCCUGCGCUUUGUCCACCAGUCCUGCCUCCAUCAGUGGAUCAAGAGCUCAGACACACGCUGCUGUGAGCUCUGCAAGUAUGACUUCAUAAUGGAGACCAAGCUCAAACCCCUCCGGAAGUGGGAGAAACUACAGAUGACCACAAGCGAAAGGAGGAAAAUAUUCUGCUCUGUCACAUUCCACGUCAUCGCCAUCACCUGUGUGGUGUGGUCCUUGUAUGUAUUAAUAGAUCGGACAGCGGAGGAGAUCAGGCAAGGCAAUGACAAUGGUGUCCUAGAAUGGCCAUUCUGGACAAAACUGGUUGUGGUGGCCAUCGGCUUCACAGGAGGUCUCGUCUUCAUGUAUGUACAGUGUAAAGCCUACGUCCAGUUGUGGCGCAGGUUGAAGGCCUACAACCGUGUAAUCUUUGUGCAGAACUGCCCAGACACUGCCAAAAAGCAGGAGAAGAGCUUCUCGUGUAACGUAAACACGGACACCAAGGAUGCGGUCGUGGUGCCUGUGUCACAAACGGGUCCAAAUUCCCCGCCCUCCCUGCCCCCCGCAGAAGACAGCCCUCCGGAAGUGAUGCCGGUGUGACUGAUGCAACAGGUGGGAGUUCCUUCCAAGAAGAUCUUUCUAACCCUCGGUCACAACAAAUGACAGAGAUGAUCCUGAAUUACUCACUUUCUGUAUCUUCUCCCCUUUCUCUCACUGACUCGUUUCCCUUAUUUGGCUUAGAAAGGAAAGGAGGAGAAGACACCAAAUGACAAGACCCCAUGAAACAGAGUCUGAAGUGAUACGGAAACGUGACAAGUUUGCUGAAGAGUCGUCUCUGAAAGGAUUAAAAGUCGCCGGAGCAAGGAAUACUUUCAGGCAAUGUUCAUCAUCAGACCAAAUGGGCACACGAGUCUUCACAGUAGCAGGGGAGAGUUUAAGAACACAGACUUGAAUUGCAAUGUGUAUUUCUUCUAAGGCCUCGUGAUGUUAACUAUCUCGUCUGGAAAUAGCAAGCAUAGUUGGUUUUAAGCUUGAAAUUGUCCGCAUUGCCCCUCAGGCACAUCAGAAGCACACUCGGAGGAUGCAUCUUUGAUAUUCACACUUUGACGGAGAACAGAAUUUGAUGGUUAGUGCAGUCCAGUUGUUUUGACAGAUGCAUGAUUUUAAAAGACACAGUAUGUAUUUGAAGAUAUUAACUUGGAAUUUUAUUUAAAUGGUGAACAAAAGAUUUUCAGAGAUUUGGGGGAGGGGGGGCGAUUAUUUGGCUGUUAAAUAUCCACAUAAGUUGAAACGAAGUCUCAGGUUCCAUAUUUUAUCUGGACCCUCUAAAACAGUGUAGUGUAGCAGAAGUGUAAUGUUGAGCUACAAGUGCAGGCUACCUAUGUAAAUUUAAAUUUUUCUAGCAGCCCCAUUGGAAGCUUUUAAAAGAAAAUAAGUGGAAUUAAUUUUGAGAAUGUCUUUUAUUUGACCCUAUGUAUUCAAGUCAUUUCAACAUGUUAUCAAUAUUAAAAAUUAUUGACUCUGGCUGGGUAGCUCAGCUGGUUAGAGCAUGGUCC